UACGCAAUUACUACAAAAACACCGAGCGAUGGGGAUAUGAAUUCAAUCUAUUGUUUAAAAGUUGAAAGUCCAGCAGAUCGUGAGUUUUUAAAACAACUCUGUAAUGUCAUUGUCAGUAAAUAACCCGGAUACACCAAUGGCUGACGCAGUGAAUGGUUUCCAGCCAUCGUUUCGGGAUGAACAAGCCCAGCGAGCAGCUUACACCAUCUACAGCCAAUCAGUAGAUGCUAAUCAUGAAAACAGACUAACUAAUCAUAGCUCACCGAGUGUUAAUGGACACAAUGAUCCGAACCCUUUACGAUCGCAGGAGAUAGUAAGAGAGCUUCGGUUCUCAACAGUUCGCCGGAUGUUUUGUCUUCUGAUUGUAUUUGACUUCCUACUGCACUCUGUCUUAUGGUUCAUCUACAUUAAUCUAAUUGACGCAAGCGUUAGACACAGUCUUAUGUGUCAAGUGACAGAGUAUUCAAUCCAAUCAUCGCUUUUUGAUUUUGUGAUUGCUGCUGCUGUUCGCACGUUCAUUCUCCUCUUUGCAUAUGCACUCUGCCGUAGCAAGCACUGGUUUGCAGUAGCUGUGACCACAUCUUUGUCUUGUAUAUUUUUGAUAUCAAAAGUGUUUCUCUAUGAUUUUGGGUAUAACAAGCAUGACUCGGACAAGUGUGUUCCAGAAUACAACAAAGCCCACCCUGUGGAUUUCCUAAUUGCCAUAGCGUCAUUCAUUCUUCCGUGGGCAGAGACGUGGGUCUUUGACUACCAAGUCAUUCCAAGGGAAAAAAAACUACAAGAAGUUGUCAUCGAUCAACGGAAUCAAGAUGCUAUUACCGAGAGAACUCCUCUACUUAAGAAUAUUGACAUGCCAGGAAACAGCGACCCUGUCAGGUUUUACUCACCACAGAACUCUCCUCCUACUUCAGACACAGAAAGUGGAGCCAGCAGUCUCUAUGGCGACAGUUUACGAUCUCAUGCUUCAGAUUUUAAAUCUUUACCUAACAGUAGACGAGGAUCAUCGGUUAAUCUAGCUGCUUCAAUCCAGGAACAAGAAUAUCUACAGAAAGCCAAGGAAUCUCUUCGAUUUCUUGAUAAGAUAAUUGCAAGGAAUGAAGGUUGGCAUGAAGAGCUGAGACGAAGUGAAUCCAAUGCUGUAAUUAAUAGUAGUAGAUUUGACGGAAUUAAAGGAAAGGUUUACAAGUUGGAGACGGAGAUGUCUGUACCCCCGGAACAAAUAGUGACAAUACUUUGGGACAAUAUUGAGAGCAGUCCAUCGUGGAACUCUUCAAUUCUUGAGAGUGAGGUUAUACAACAGAUUGAUGACCAUACAGAUGUUGUAUAUAAUGUCAGUACCGGUGGUCCUGGUAAUAUAGUAGCUGGGAGGGAUUUUGUGUCAGUUAGGAACUAUUGGCAGAGAGGGGAUGGUCAUGUGUGUAGUAGCAUAGCAGUCGAGCAUCCUAGUAAACCACCAUGCAGUAAAUAUGUCAGGGGGUCCAACGGACCCAACGGUUGGGUUGUAGAGAGACUUCAUGGCGAUCCGUUUAAAUCGAAAUUCAUUUGGAUUCUCAAUACUGACCUUAAUUUCAAGGUAUGGACACCACAAGCAAUAACAGAUACUGCCCUCUGCCAUGUGCUAAUGGACAUUGGGACAAACUUGCAAAAGCAUUUGCAACAGCGCCACCAAUGGGCAGGGGAUGCCCAGUCAGAUCUUGUCAUUGAGGAUAGAAUAGAUCAACUGAGUGUAAGUAGCUAUGAAGAUAUAGAUGAUGAGAAGCCAGGGUCUGUAGACAGCUUUGGUUCGGCUUGAGACAAAUAUGGAGAAAUUUGUGAGACUCUAGAUUCUCAGACACCAAGGUCUGGUUCCAUGCAGCAAGGAUGACUUCUUCCCUAUUGGAGAAAGACACAUCUCAUGAACCAGUGUAGGUUUCAUUUGAGCCGUCGAUUUGUGUCCUAUUUACGCCUGUUGAUACGGCUAUGGCUUGAUUACCUCAUCAACAUGUAUUGAAGUAUGAGACAACCUUAGCAACACCCUUAGCAACAGCCGUAGUCAUAUCCACUAAAUUGGAUGCGGCCGUGAGUAUACUCUAGGCUGUUUCUGAAUGGAUGGCUUAGGCAGUAGCUAUGGUGGUUGUCAUAGGGAAAUUUGUCCCCGGAGAUUCUGUCCCCAUUAGGGGAAAUUAACAUGGGCUGAAGGAGGAUGAUUCGAAAGAGGGCGCUUUCAGAAGAAGUCUGUACGCAGUUCGUCGUAUGGGGGACAAAAUCUCCUGCCACACCAGAAUGCCCAACGUCCUAUUCUUCAACGGUGCUGAUGACAUCCAACAGACAUGGUCAAAGUCACUUAAUUCAUACACAUUGCUAAAGGCAGCCUAUCUUCUAAGCUUGUUAACAUUGAGUCACUUAACUAGAAACAACCCUAGGCUGUGUAGGGGUUGCCCUUAACUUGUUCAGCGACUGUCCAGUAGAUCCAGCUAGCUUGUCAUUUCACUAGCUAGUCCACCAGCUUUUUCACUAGUCCAUAUUACAAAUGCUUUUCAACAUUGAACUAGCCAGUUGGACUACUUGGAGAAAAAAUUGACUGGUCCUCAUGUGUUUUAAAGGCAGUGGACACUACUGGUAGUUACUCAAAAUAAAUAUUAGCAUAAACCUUACUAGGUAACGAGUA